GCUUUAUCAAGCUUAUGCAGUUCCAGUUUUGAGCUGCUUAAGUAUCGUUGGUUUUGUUUCUCCGAAAAGAUGGGAAAAUGCCGGUUCCUUAAAUCUGCGGCUCGACAGUUGGCGGGAACGUGCCCAGCCCAAGCGCGAUUUUUGCUAUGGACACUCAGCAACAUAGAAGGAAAAAAGGAACAUCCUGUAAAUCCCGUGUGCUGCUACUGUUUCCAAUUUCUUUUUCCCAAUAACUAUAGAAUACGUCUAUUGCCCAAAAUGAAAAUAACAUCAAGGACAGAAAAAAUACUCAAUCUAGAGAAAAAAAACUACAGACUUAGUUUAAAGCAAACAAAGCUGUUGAGGAAGUACAAGGAAUCAAAGAAUACCCUGCUAAUUACCUGCAAUUCAUGCAAAAAAACAACAAGACAUUAUGGAAUGAGUAGAGAGGAAUAUAGUUUUAAAACACCAAAUUUGAAAAUAUCGUCAAACAGAAGUACACCUCUUAUAAGUUCUUAUAAGAACUCUGGAUCCAAAACAGAAAAAUCAUCUUCAGGCCUCAGAACUACUACAGUUGGAUUACCCAUACAUCAUUUUUCUAGGACACAGAAAAAAGCCAAAAUCCUUUCCAGUCAAUUAAAAAGAAUGCUUAACUUUGAAGAAGAUAAAAGCAAAAGGGGAAAUCUGAAGAAUUUCUUAAUGUCACUUUAAAAACUUAAAAUAAGUAAGAGCCUAUAAUUAUAACUGCACUAUCUACAACUGUAUUAUACAAUGCACCAUGAACAAAUAUGUAGACAUUGCCCUGGAGAUAAAAAAAUGUUUUGUGUGGUAAGAUAAAUUGAAUACCCAUACCACCAUAAGGAACAAAAAUGGGAAUGUGAAUGUUAAAUUAUUACUACUUAUAUUAUUCAAAACAUAUCCUCAAAAUAAAAUUGAUCUGAACUUAAAA